CCUACAACGCGGUGUGACACGGCGCGUACACGCGCUGAGCGGAAAAUUUGUGCUUUGUUCAUCUCGGCCACUCGCCGUCGACCACACCCAAACAUCCCUUGCUCUCCUCUUUCACUCGUAUACCCGCGUUUCUCAUACCCGCAUCCCGUCUGUGAUUACAACUCAAAAAAGUCCAUUCCCGCAAAGAUGGACCUCCAAACCCUCUCGAAUCUCUUCGCGAGCACUUACAGUCCUGACCCUAAUGUUCAAAAAUCCGGAGAACUGCAGAUCCGCAAGAUCGGUGGCCAGGAGGGCAUGGUCACGGCCAUCCUGCAGAUCAUCGGAAGCGAUAACGUGGAGAUUGCGACGAAGCAGGCUGCAGUAGUCUACUUGAAGAACCGGGUCUACACGUCCUACUUUGUUGAGCCCUCGCAUCCACGCCCUGACCAAGCCCCGAUCGCGCCCUCCGACCGCAAUGCCCUCAAGGCGUCCCUCCUACCCCUUCUGGCUUCCUCGCAAUCGAGCCUGGUCACUGUUCAGCUGGCGAACACCCUCAAAAACAUCGUCGCACGCGACUUCCCGGACAACUGGCCCGAUCUGCUCGAUAAUGUCAAGCGUAUGCUCGGAAGCAGCAACGUGCGCGAAGUUGGUGCCGGCUGUGUGGCCGCUCUGGAGAUGGUUCGGGCAUUCCGGUUCCGCCAGAACAAUGACAUUCUCCCGAAGCUCGUCGUGGAAUUGUUCCCCACGCUAGUCAACAUUGCGAGCGGCCUGCUGUCGACGCCACCCGCAAACGCGUCGACGGAGAUUCCGUUCAUGUUGCACAUGAUAUUGAAGACGUACAAGACGUCGAUCGUGCUGUCACUCAGCCCCCAUCAGCAGAGUGCGGAGAGCAUCGUGCCAUGGGGUCGGUUGCUGUUCCAGGUAGUCAACCUGCAGAUUCCGAAGGGCGCAGUACCGGAGGACGAGGAAGACCGUGAACGGAGUGAGUGGUGGAAGGCCAAGAAAUGGGCGUACGGCAUUCUCGGACGGCUCUUCCACCGCUACGGAAACCCGUCUCAGCUCCCGAGCUCGAUGCAGAAGGAGUACAGCGCGUUCGCACAUCACUUCGUGACGACGUUCGCACCUGAGAUCUUCAAGGUCUACCUGCAACAGAUCCAGCUGUACGUCUCCGGCCAGUCUUGGCUUUCGAAGAAGUGCCAGUACCAGAUCUUCACGUUCUUCAAUGAGUGCGUUAAGCCGAAGUCGACAUGGCAGAUGCUGAAGCCCCACUUUGAGGAGCUAGUUACCUCUUAUGUUUUCCCUCAGCUGUCCUUCACUCCCGACAGACAAGAGCAAUGGAACACCGAUCCUGUGGAAUACACUCGCAAUGUCAUUGAUGAAUAUGAAAACUUCAACAGCCCCGUCUCCGCUGCCACCUCCUUCUUGUUUUCCCUUGCAAGCAACCGUACCAAGUCGACCUUCUUGCCCAUCUUGGCCUUCAUCAACCGAGUGCUACAAUCGAAGCCCGCCUCACCACAGCGCUUCGGUGCGCUGAACAUGACCGCGGCUCUGGGUCCAUUCAUCAUGAGGCACCCCGACGUCAAGGGCAAUAUGGAGCAGUUCGUUACCCAACACGUCCUGCCUGAAUUCACGAGCUCCGAGGCCUACAUGAGGGCUAUUGCUUGCGAAGUUCUCGGCACUGUCGAGAAGAACGGUAUGAAGUGGUCGAGCGAGGAGCUUCUUGGCCAACACUUCACCGCAGUAUCGGCGUGUCUGGAUGAUCUCGAAUUGCCUGUACGCGUUCAGGCGUGCAUGUCGCUCACCGAGAUGAUUAUAGUCCACCCGACGGUCAAGACCGCUGUUGCGCCACAAGUCGGCAAGGUUAUUCAGACCCUCCUCAGGUUGUCGGAAGAGACAGAUCUGGAUGUGUUGAACUCGUGCAUGGAGGCUAUGGUGGAGCAAUACCACCAAGAGCUCCUUCCAGUCGCAGCCGAGCUGACUGCCCGUCUCUGUGAAACCUACUCUCGCUUGGCGAAGGAGGCGCAGGCCCUGGAUGAGACUGACGCCAGCAACGUCGACAUGGACGCGAUCAUGGAGAACGAUGCCGGCGAAGACAAGACCUUCAUGGCCAUGGGCGUCGCCAAGACCAUUGGUACUAUCAUCAGCUCAGUGGACUCGUCCCCGGAGAUCCUCGCACAGAUCCAGGAGAUCAUCAUUCCCAUCGUCGUCCAGACUUUGGAGAAUAAAUUCCUCGAUCUCUUCGACAAUAUGUAUGACCUCGUCGAUAGCUUGACUUUCAAGCUGCGCAGUAUCUCGCCCAACAUGUGGCCCGUGUUCGAGUUGACCUACAAGACGUUCAAGGGCGAGGCGGUUGACUUCCUGGACGAGAUGCUGCCAAGUCUGGACAACUUUGUGUCUUACGGCACUGAUGUUUUCAAGUCACGUCCCGAGUACCGGCAGAUGUUGCUCGACAUCUAUACGACGUCCAUCGACAGUGACCACCUUGGCGAGAACGACGCCGUUAACGGCUGCAAGCUUGCUGAGGCUAUGUUGCUUAACCUGCGCGGUCACGUCGACGAUGCCCUACCCGCCAUCAUCGCGACCGCCCUUAAGACUCAGGAUUCCGCGAACACUACCUCACUCCGCCUCGCAAACCUAGAGGUGCUCGUCAACGCUGUCUUGUACAACCCUGGUGCUGCACUUCACAUCAUGGAGUCUUACGCGCCAGGCACGGCCCGCACGUUCUUCGACAAGUGGUUUGAGGCAAUCAACGGCGAGAAUCGUCUGCCACGGGUGCACGACAAGAAGCUCAGCGUCAUGGCGCUCUCGGCGCUCCUCGAGCUGGACCCAGCCCAGAUUCCUGACUCGGUGAAGGAGGGAUGGCCAGGCAUUGUCGCCGGCGCGUUGCAGAUCUUCAAGGAUUUGCCGAAGGCUAUCGCUGCGCGCAAGGAACUUGAGGAGGCAUUCCAGGGUGACGAUGAUGAGGAACCCAAUGAGCCUGAUGACACGCAGUUCCUGAACCUGAACGAGAAUGAUGAUGAUGUAUGGGACGAGGAUUCGGCGUACAUGGAGAUGCUCGCGAAUGAGGGUGCUCGACUACGCGAGAAGUCCGCGCGGGCAGCUGGUGGCGACGACGAAUCCGAGUCAGAAGACGAGUCCGACAUUGAUGAAGAGCUUGGCUACAUCAGUCCGCUCGACCCCGUCGACCCCUAUGUCUCCUUCAAGCAGGCAUUGACUGCCUUCCAGAUGAAGAGUCCCUCGGCGUACCAACUUGCGACCACCUCGCUGAGCGCGGAGCAGCAGACGAUGCUCAUGGAGGUCAUGCGCAUUGCCGAGAAAAGCACGUCUGUGUGAUAUGCAUGAAGGCUCCAGAUGAUUGAUGCCCUCGCACUCUCGCAUGUUGAGUUCAUCGACAGUCUCUGAAGUCAUGGCAGUUAUGAAUGUCCAGUCUAUCCACUGUAAGCCGUUGUUCUCAUUACUCUCCUCCUAUAUUGUUCUUCUGUGCUUCCUCGCUUU